AAAUCCUAAAGAAACUGUUUUAACAGUUUCAAGGUUUAAUAAUCCAGGAAAUCUUAGCAGUUGGAUAUGGCAGUGGGGGAAGCAUUCAAAAGAUGGAAACUACACAACUUUUACUUGUAAAGUCAAUGUUGAUGGGAUCGAUUGCAAUCAUAUUUGUCGGGGAAAAGGAACAUCAACUUCAAAUGCUGUAUCACCUCUGGAUAUAAAUACACAAGAAGCAAUUGAGCAAGAAUUAAUGGAAUUUAUUGUUGAAGAUACUCAGCCUUUUCAUAUAUUGAAAAGCAAAAAAUUCCAAAGAUUAAUUGAAUUAUUAAAUUCUUCUUUUGUAAUUCCAUGUGAUAAGCGUCUAAAAGCUUUGAUUACUGAUUCAUAUAAUCUUGCUAUUGAAAAUCUCAAGUUAUUAUUGGUCGAAAAUAUGACGUGGUGUUCACUUACAUUGGAUUUAUGGACUCCAACAAACAUCACUGAGCUUAAUAUUGAUUUAGAUGAGUCUGGAACUGCAUUUGAUGAUAUUAUUCCAGAAGGUGAUGAAGAGCUACUUGAAGAAAUGACUAAUGAUUUGAAUAAUAGUCAUACACAAAGAAAAAAGAAAAUCAAUAUUAAUUUUCCUCAAGAUACAGAUGGUCUCGUAGAUAAAGUCAAGAAUGCUUUAUAUAUUGCAAUGGAACGAUAUUAUAAUAUUCCUGUUGAUGAAAUUAUUUUAUCAGCAUUGUUAGAUCCACGAUGCAAGAAGCUCACAUUUGCUAAUCAUGAUCAAAGAAUUAAUGCUGAAAACAAAUUGCGGAUUCUUUAUAAUGAAUUACUGCAAACUCAUGAAUCUGAAUCUACUACUUCAAUAAAUUCAACCACCACACGGCUCAAUUUCCAUACUAAUAAUCCUAUUCAAAAAUAUAAAGAUAUGAUGCCAAAUUUGGCCAGAAAAUAUUUGGGCAUUCCUGCCACUUCCACACCCAGUGAUUUAUUAUAA